GAGAGGUCUUGUGAAAGUGAGCUGAGACUAUGACUGAUAGAACUCUGGAUUCAGCACCAAAUGAGGACACUCCUCGGAAGCCAAAUCCAGAGGCUGCAUUGGAUGGCUGAUCUGCUAAAGUCUGUGUUUAUUGUACAGGAGUGGGUGGGUGAGAUUCUGUGUCCUGCAAUGUACAGGAGGUCAGACGAGGUAAUCACAAUGGUCCCUUCUGGCUGUAAAGUAUAUGAGUCUACAAUCUAACCAAUGGCCUUUAGCGGACAAAACUUUCUGCUUAGCUGGAAAUCUCUCAGCCCUUCUCAAUUCUGCUGACUUUGCCAGCAAUAAAGCAGGGCAGUUUCACUUGGUUUAACGAGAACUCUAAGGUGACAAACUGGUUAGAAGAAUUCACCAAAAUUUGCUGCAGAACUAGUUUCAUCUUUGAUUUUGCAAAAAUAUGUUGCAUGCAGAAUAAUCAGACUGAGAUUUAUUGAGAGACCAUCCUUGUGGAUGACUUUUUUUUAACUCUCCAUAUUGGUAUGGGCACACCACAUGCAGUAAGUAAAAUGAUAAUAUCUCUCAGGAGUGGGAGCCAUUUUGUUAUGGCUAUUAAGUAGUGUGACAAAGUCAGGCCCGACUGCUGCAAAAGGGUCCUGGAAGGCUGAUAUAUUAGCUCUAGAAUGUUAAAGGCCCUUUUUCCUACAAGUUGAGAAGGGGUUACCUCAGGUCAAUUAGGGACACCUGAAUCCAAUUAAGCGCUGCCUGAGGCCUUUAAAAACCCCUCCUGGGGAGAGCAGGGGAGAGCGAGGUAGAAAGACAAGCUGCUGUUAGGCUAGUGGCAGCAGGGAAAUAGGCUGUUCCAGGCUGAGAGGCUGUGCUCCUUAGCAUAGGGGAAACAGCCAAACCUGAGUUCCUGCGAGGGGAAGGACUGACACCCCAGGGCAACCAACUGAAUGACACCUUGCCCCAGGGAGGGAGGCAGCGAAAGGUACCCCUCGGGAUUUUUUGUUUGAGGCUGUUUGCUUUUUGUUUGGUGGAGGAUCACCCCUUAGGCCGACCCUCAGGCCUACCCUGAAAAUAUAACCAAGGGAGCACAGAAGUGGAAAGGCAAACCCUGCCUGAGUGGGACUGCUUACCCCAGGCCCGCCAUCACUGGCGGGGGAAACGCUAAGACUGGUGAGAGAAAAGAGGUGCCCUGCCACAGAAGGAAGGAGAGGGGUUUACUCAGGUAAAACCAAUGGGAUUACCAAUUUGUCAAUAUUCUCCAGAGAGCAUUACCUCCUAUUUCUAGAGCCAUAGUUAUCCAGCAGAUAUUCAGAAACUGAUAUGAACAAUCUCUUACUCUAUCCCCUGAUGUCUGAUUUUCCAUUCUUGAAUAGACAAAUGGAGACGCUAGCGAAAAGCCACGUACAUCUAACUUCCAGUCUCCUGUAUCCUCCCCAACCUACUUUAGAGUGGGAAUGUGGCAUGGAAACAGCGGUAGCACUGUUGGAGGACCACCUCCCAGACAUGGACAGCUGUGUAUUCAUCCUCAUCCUUGAUUAUGUGGUGCUGCAGGUUCUCCUCUGAGAUCUAGCAGACCAAGCAUUGACCAGGUACUGGGAUCGUUCUUUUCCUUCCUCACAAACUUGUGUACAAAGGACUGUGGAAGUGCUGCUGCCUGUUGCUCUCAGAUAUCGCCUGUGAUAUUUCACGAGCUUUCAUUCUCUCCCUCAUUCUGUUCACAUCUGCAUAAACCCCUGAAGGGAUUAAAUGCCAACAAUAUGCUGACAACACCCAGCUGUCUGUGAACUUGCCAUUCCUCAGCUAUCUGAGUUUGAAUUCCUUACUGAGGUCGACUCUUGGAUAACCACAAGGUGGAAGUGAUGCUAGUGGAAGGAAGGAAAUAUUUAGGCCAGGUCUAUCCAAAAAAAGUUAGGUCAACCCAGCUUUGUCGCUCAGGGGUUUGAAAAAGCCAUACCCCUAAGCUAUGUAGGUAAGCCAGCCUAACCCCCAGUGUAGGCAGCUGUAUGCUGAUGGAAGAAUUCUUCCAACCUCCUGCCUCUCAUGGAGAUGAAUUAAUUACAGUGAUGGGAGAACUCCUCCCCUCUUUGUAGUGAGUGUCCACGCUGCAGUGCUUCUAGUGAAGACAUAGCCUUAGAAGUAGCCAACAUCUUAUCACCUUGCAUUGCAAGCACUGAUUGUAAUGUUGUCAAAGUGGUGGUGAGAGGGUGGUAGGAGGUAGUGCUGUUUAACUCCCUGUUGUUGCUAGAUACCCAAUUAAUAACAGUAGCAAAACCCACCCUUUUUCUUCCACCAGGGGACUAUUUCCCAUCCUGACAGACUGAGGCUUGGCCAUAUCAUUUGUAGCUUCUAGGAUUUAUCGCUGCAUUGCACUAGACUUGGCGUUUCGUCAGCUUUUUGCCAAGUGGUGCAACAGUUCAGUCUUCUGAUCAAAAUGGCAAUGAAAGUACAUCGCUCUGGUGCCCCAGCUCACUGGCCACCUGUCUAAUACUGACUUUGAACUUCAGAGCUCAAUGUGUUGAGCUCUGGGCUACUUAUAAGGCAGCUCCUUGCUCCAAAAUGAAGACCAGGUAUAACACCAGUGAGUCACAGUUGCAAGGCAAGCUGCACUUCUGUCUCCUUUCUGGUGUGUUUCAGUGCACCCCUUUCAAGUGUCAGAUAUAGUGCUUUUGCCUAUCCUGGGGUGGAAUUCUGCAAUUCUUUCCUCUUAGACUGGAUCCUAGGCUACAAUACCCUGUGUAUAUCAAUUGGGUUUACACAGCAAGUCCAUCUGGGUUUGGCGCCUGUGGUUCUUCUCUUUGAGAGUGUGAGACCAGCCAUGUAGACAGCCUUCUUGAAACCAAAGUAUUAUUUAUUUGAACAAAGCAUUUAGAGAAAAGGAUCUUAAAACAACACAAUUGACAUGUUUCUGUCUCACCUUAGGUUUACCAUGCCUCGAUGGUAAGUCAGACAAACAUAGCUCCUUCAUAUACCCCAGUGGGUGCCUGUGUUUUAAUGUGGCCCCUCCUGAACAGCUCCUGCUCCUCUUGAGAGAGACUUUUUAAACAACUGUCAGCCUUUUGAUCUUCUGGUUCCCAAGCCUUUUCCUGUAAUGACAUUGUCUCUUUACAACCCCCAAGUGUUCGUGCAGAACUGUUUAGUCUUGAAACAUUCUAUUUCCUUCCUGUUUGAUUUCCUUAUAUAUUAUUAUAUUAUUCCUAUUAUACUAAACCAGUAUGUUUGUACUGUAAAUAUUGCAAUAACCAGGUCAACAUAUCAUACUCAAAUUAUUACAGAGCAGCUCCACUGCCAUCACACUAAGAUCCUCAGUAACGAUGAAUAAGAUUACUUUGAGCUGGAGACAGACAUUUCAGUGGUUGGCCCUGGCUAUCAAACUCCCUGCCACCAAUGGUAAGAAUGAACAUGAGCCUUGGUGCUUUCAGAUGGUCUGUAAGGUUCAUCAGUCAUAGGCCUUGUCUACACUGAAGGGAAAAGUCGAUCUAAGCUACGCAAUUUGAGUUAUGUGAAUAACGUAACUUAAAUCGACAUAGCUUAGAUCUACUUACUGCAGGGUCCAUACUUCGCGACAUCUAUGGGAGACGCUCUCCCCUCGACUCCCCUGGCUCUUCUCAGUCAGAUGGAGUACAGGAGUUGAUGGGAGAGUGAUUGGCAGUCGAUUUAGCGGGUCUUCACUAGACAUGCUAACAUGACCGCUGAUGCAUCGAUUGCCGCAGCAUCAAUCCUCCGGUAAGUGUAGACAAGUCCAUAGUUUCCCAUAAUGGUGGCAAUUGUGAAUUAAAAAAACAAAUCAAAAUCACUUCUUUUGUUUUUGGAAAUUGAUGGGGGAGAGAAUCUACAUCAGACUGAUCACCCCUUUGGAUUUAUGUACAUUUGUAAGACUCUUCAUAUGCUACCAGUAAUGGUAAUACAUAAGUGGAUUGAGAGGAGAGCAGACCCUGGAAUAUGAAAUGUCUAAUGGUGGAAAUUCCUGUGUCAAAAAUUUUAGGGCCCCAGUCUGGCCUCAGAUAUGCACAUUGAAGUAAAUGAUUGUUUGAGGUGAAGAGGAAGAAUUCACCCAAAUACAAUGAAUUUUGGUGCUUAUUUAAGCCCCAAAGGCUGCAAGAACAUCUCCAGCUCCUUUACCCAAAAGCCGAAGUGUACGACUAGAUGUGUGCUAUCUGGGAAUUAUAGGCUAGUAGGCAGCUCCAGGCUCUCAUCUGUGGCAUGGAGGCUUUUGUCCAUUAUCUUACUCUGUCCACAGGCACAGCCGUGCAUCCGGAUGCUGGAAGGGGGUGGGGGAGCCUUCAUUUUAGAAGAAAAGGGAAUUUUUCUUUCUCCUCCUUUCACCCUCACCCCAGAGAAUUAGAUCAAGUGGGUGUGUCUGCUACUCUGCUCCUUCCUUAGCCUUUGCUUUGGUUUGGGCUACACCAGUGAAUAGCAGCAUCUCUGUUGGCGUCUGAUAGGUUUCCCAAGCAGCGGAAGAGUGAAGGUGAUGUGAUUCUUGUCAGUUUCACUGCGGCCCAACCUUCUGAAUAGCAUCAGUGAGAACUGAUUAGAUUGGUGUGCUAAUUUUCAAAUAUUACUUUACCUGCUUUUAUAUUAAUAGCACUAUUUGUCUGAACUUCUUAAUUUUUCUUUUUGAAGACUAAUUUAAAAUAGAGCUCAAUAUUUCAGUCAUUUUUGACUCUCCAUGAAUUCCUUCCAUUUUAUCACAGAUCUACUUUUUUCUAGUAUUCUUUUCUCCUUUUCAUUUCCUGCUCUUUUUGGUGGGUUACUACUUCAAGGCCCUGUCAUGGACUUAAUGGAACUACUGUAUUAGGCAGGAGCUACUGGUAGUCAUGAAAUCUGUGAAACACUUAAACCCUCUUUGGGUGGGUGAAAGUUGCUUAUAUGGACCGACGAUGUUUUACUACAGUAUCUCAGAUGGUUCAGAUCUUUGCAAGACCAUCUUGCCAAGUGGGUGAAUAAACUGUACAAGUAUGAUUUCUGACACUGACCAGGGAAGAUCUGUGCACAUCUAUGUGGGUUGAGGUGCAGCUCUUGCCAGUGGCAAGUGGAAAAUCCAAGGCAGCCCACACACAAAUCCAAUAUCAUACUGGCUGCAGUAUUUCAAAAGGAGUGCAGUGUGCUGGUUCAGAGAAAAGAAUAGGUCAUUAUAUCCUUUGGUUGAUGAAGAGUUAGUACCUUCAAUGAGCAAAUGGAGGCACAGUGAGACAUUUUAGAACUAAGAGGAAGUGUGCUUUAUUGCAGGUGGUAAUCUAGAUGUGAUGGAGAGAGAUGGUAACUGAUUUUCCCCAGAGGAUAGAGGAAAGCUCUGACACAAUCUGCCUGUUACCCCAAAAUGAAUAACAGUUGUGUAUUAAAGGCCAUAAAACAGUUAAAAAAGGCUCUCUUGGCCCUGUUACCGGAGGGAUGUUACACUCUGGAGAUGCCACUGAGUUUGCUCAACCAGGAAUGGUCCCUGGUUUCAGUCCUAAACCCCACUGCUGGGAUAGAAUGCUGAUGCUUCCGUGAAAUGUGUGAUUGUAAGCAUUUUUGGACUACUUCCAGCUGUAGAAGCAGGUUGUGUGUGUGUGUGUGGUUUUUGUUGUUGUUUUUUAAAGGGCAUAGACUGUUUUACAGAUGGCCAGGUGGAUGCUCUUCCAGAGUGGAGGAGGCUAUCACUUAAAGGAUCUCGUAAUAGAUUUAGGAUUUUUAUCAGAAAUCGACAGUGACCAUUGAAGAUGGCCAAAGAUGUCUUUUAUCUGUGGUGCUGUGAUAAUCCUUAAUACAAAUAUAAUUCAUGUACAUAGCAAUAUUGGCUUUCAUUGAAAAAAGUGUAGAGCUGUGUUAACAGGCAACACAGUUAGGUAAGAAUGUAAGGGUAAAUAAGCUUUUAUAAAGGGGAUGUGGUGGGAGGAGUAAGGGGCAGCAUGAACUUCACUACACCCUAUAGUACCACGUGUGCUGCAGAAUGUAGUCCAAAUAGAGGGAGAUUAGGGUGACAGGAUAGGUUUAACUCUGUUUUCUUGAAAUUGUGAGUGGAACCUUCUGUAUAUGUGUAUUUUAAUGCUUUAAGGUAUGCUAGGAACCUCAGCUAGCACGAAAAUGGUGGCAGCAUUGUAUUUCAUUCUUCAGUAUGAAAAUAAUUUUGGCCUAUGUUCUUUUGAAACUAUGCAUAAUAGAGUGUAGUUUCAUGUUGAAACUUGACCUGAUUAAAAAAAUUUUAGGUUUAAUUUUAAAGUUGGUUUGAUUUAAGGCUCACUGCUUGAGAAUUAGUGACCCACAGCAUUGAGACAAAAUGUAUCUUCAUUUCCUAGAGCUGCUAUUUAAAAAAAAAAAAAAAUCAUCCAAAUGAGCUCAAUGCACAGUAAAAAUAAGUAUUUAUUUUAGAGGAAUCAUUAAAAUAUACACUGUAUCCUUAACCAUCAAUAUUCCUAAAUCCCUGUAUUUGUAGCAGAAGAAGGUGACAUGAGACAUAUCUUCAUCUGGGCAAGAUUCCUGUAAAAUGGGGUUGCGGCAGGGGGACUGGAGUGCUUAGACUUCAGCAGACUCAAGACCAGCUUUCAGCAGUGGGAGAUAAUGUAUUAAUCCAUUGGAAGCACAGAGUGGAGUCUUGCAUAUCACUUUGUGGUUUGUGUUGUGAAAGGUGUUUUUCAUGUUGGCAGGUUCUAAUAGAACUCUAAGUGUGCAUGAUGUUUUCACCUUGUGUGUAUUUAGGAACCUCAUGACAGAAAUUACCUAUUACAAUAUGGACACCAGUAAAAAGACAGAACCCCCUGUGUCUGUAGAAAUGGUACAACAAAGGGCGAACCCUGAUCACACUCCUGGAUCAAUUUACGUUCCAGAACAAGGUGGUUACAAAGAGAAAUUUGUAAAUACAGUGGAGGACAAAUAUAAAUGUGAAAAGUGUCAUCUCAUACUGUGCAAUCCUAAACAGACGGAAUGUGGACACAGAUUCUGUGAAACCUGCAUUAAUGCAUUGUUAAGUUCUUCUAGUCCAAAGUGUACAGCGUGUCAAGAGAACAUAGUUAAAGAUAAGGUAUUUAAGGAUAACUGCUGUAGGAGAGAGCUUCUUGCCCUUCAGAUAUAUUGCAGAAAUGAAAACAAAGGCUGCAAUGAACUACUAACGCUGGCACAACUACUGAUGCAUUUGAGAAAUGACUGUCAGUUUGAAGAACUUUCAUGCCACCGUGCUGAUUGCAAGGAGAAAAUACUGCGGAAGGACUUGCCAGACCAUGUAGAAAAGACCUGUAAAUAUCGGGAGACUACAUGUAAAUACUGUAAAAGCCAAGUCCCAAUGAUUACAUUACAGAAACAUGAAGAUACAGACUGUCCCUCUGUCGCGGUUUCAUGUCCUCAUAAAUGCAGUGUUACAUCACUCUUGAGAAGGGAGUUGAAUGCACAUUUGUCAGAAUGUAUUAAUGCCCCAAGUACCUGUAGUUUUAAGCGUUAUGGCUGCACUUUUCAGGGAACAAAUCAGCAAAUUAAAGCACAUGAAGCCAGCUCAGCAGUGCAGCAUGUAAAUUUAUUGAAAGAAUGGAGUAAUUCUCUAGAAAAUAAGGUGGCCAUGCUCCAGAAUGAAAGUUUGGAAAAGAACAAGAGUAUACAAACUUUACAUAAUCAGAUUUGUAGCUUUGAAAUAGAAAUUGAAAGACAGAAGGAAAUGCUGCGGAAUAAUGAAUCUAAAAUACUUCAUUUACAGCGAGUGAUAGACAAUCAAGCCGAGAAAUUGAAAGAACUGGAUAAAGAGAUCCGCCCCUUCCGACAGAAUUGGGAGGAGGCAGACAUCAUGAAGAGCAGUGUGGAGUCCCUCCAGAAUAGAGUGAGUGAACUGGAAAGCGUUGAUAAAACUGCAGGACAAGGAGCUCGAAAUACAGCCGUACUAGAGACACAGCUAAGUAGGCACGAUCAAAUGCUGAGUGUUCAUGAUAUUCGGUUGGCUGACAUGGACCUCCGAUUCCAGGUGUUAGAAACGGCCAGUUACAAUGGAGUAUUAAUUUGGAAAAUUCGAGAUUAUAAACGUCGGAAACAAGAAGCUGUCAUGGGGAAGACUCUGUCCUUAUACAGCCAGCCUUUUUAUACUGGAUACUUUGGCUAUAAGAUGUGUGCCAGAGUUUACCUUAAUGGAGAUGGCAUGGGAAAAGGGACGCACUUGUCAUUGUUUUUUGUCAUAAUGCGUGGAGAAUAUGAUGCCUUACUUCCUUGGCCAUUUAAACAGAAAGUGACUCUGAUGCUAAUGGAUCAGGGACCUUCUCGACGUCACUUAGGAGAUGCUUUCAAGCCAGACCCAAACAGCAGUAGUUUCAAGAAGCCUACUGGAGAAAUGAACAUUGCAUCUGGCUGCCCAGUCUUUGUGGCUCAAACAGUUCUAGAAAAUGGAACGUAUAUUAAAGAUGAUACUAUUUUUAUUAAAGUCAUAGUGGAUACUUCGGAUCUACCAGACCCCUGACACACACAUGGGGAGGCAGAUUAAACAGAAGACAACUCCAUUUGGGGGUUUUCUAUCAGUUUGUCUUCAGUCAGAGGUCCUAAAGCACAAAGGACCACCUUGUGGAACAGAAGGAAGAGUUUGAAGGCAUAACUUCUUAGGGUCCAAUGGCGAAAGUAGCAACACAUUAAGAAAUCAUACCAUGGUAUAUUUUCUAAUAGAACUCAUAACACUUAAACUCUGAAGAAUUAUUAAUCCCUCAUGAGGAUAAUUAUUACAGUCAGAGAGGCUUUUUUAUUUAACUUAUUCAUCUAGUCAAUUGGAGGUGAAAAGACAUGUAAAGUAUGUGCUGAAUAAAUUACCUGACUUUUCUUCAUUUAGACUAGAAUACAAAAAAGUUCACAUGUGGAUUAGCUGGAAACUGUCAGCAUGUUAAGUAAAAGAAGAAAUGAUGAAGUAAUGUUGCAACUAUGAUAUAAUUACUUUGAAAAACUAAGUGCAAUCGUGUCUGAAAUACAGUAUAUUGUCUUUCUAAGGCCUCAUCUGGUCUCUGUUUUAAUAAUUACUUUGUCAGAAGACCUUGGAAAAAUAUCCAGGUCUUCUUGAAAGUAUCUAAAUCAGAAUCAUAUUUUUAUUUAAAGUUAUAUUAAUAAUUGUUACAGAAAACAUUUUAUUUUAAAGCAGUUGAUAGACUGAUAUUUCUUGGAAGAAAAAUAGAAGAUAUCAAACACUGGUUAUCACUUGUGAUAAAAAAAGAAAUUAUUCAACUAUUGAUGUUAUUUCUCUUUAGAAAUGUAAACCUACAAUAUAUGUCGUAGUUAAUGACACUAUUUCAAAAUUAAGGAAAAAUCACUCAUGGAUGCUGUGCAUCAUUAUCAGAUUUAUAAUUGUUUUCACCCUAAAAUAGGGCAUUUGUUGAACUUUGGAGUUCUAAACGGAAUCCUGUACGCUUUUAAAGUUCUGCCUCAUGCUUUCCAAUCAAGCUAUAUAUAUUGCUGACAGCAUAAAUGUGCAACACCUAAUAUUUUCAGUGUGGGGGAAGAGGAUUAGUGCUAAAAAACAGCCAGUCAUGAUCCUCUAAGUUCAUUCUAUACUAGUGAUCAUUGCAUCUUAUUAAGGAUAUAUGAUCAGAAAGCAACGGAAAGAUGAUGGUGGCUUGCAUGCAUACAUGUGCCUUAAAUGUGAUGUGCUGCUUAUAAACCAUAGCUUUGUAUUUAGAUUAAUUAUAAUACCCGAAAUGGUGGUUUUAACUGGACUUCAGGCAAAAUGUGUAGCCUUGUCUUCAGAGCCCUUAGAUAAUUUGCAACAUGCAGAAUAGAAGCCAAAGUCCAGGUUUGGCUGCGAGAGCUUCUAUGGAAUCCAUCAUGUUCAGGUCCCAAAUUUGUAUGCACACUGCUCCUAUGGAGCUUGGACUUUGACAGUGCCCCUAGGCUAACAUGAAGGAAGAAGUCAUGCUUCCUCCCAAUCCUGCGUAUGGAAGGUGGCAGCACUUUAAAUUGACUAAUCUGAGAAUUCUGAAUGGAUAUUAAUGUGUACGCUAAUUGUUGUCUGUUCACGGCAGACUGACAAACAUCCUAACCGGGAAAUACACAGGUUUCUUUGUUAUCACUGCCUGAACUUCAGCAGCAAGCAUUUCCCAGCCCUGAAACAUGCUGAUUGCAACCCACUGCGUUUAUCUACUUCUGCUUGUUAGUCUGGAAGUAGAGAGUCCAAUGGCAUAGCUUAACUAUAUACCAGUCAUCUGGGUGCUACUUUAAAAUCUGAGUGCUGCUUAGAGCUAAGGUGAGAAGCAAAUUAGUACACCUUUGUGCAUAUGAGAGGGAAUUGUGCUGGUCCUCUUGACUGUCAGGGUUGUACCCAUUCAGUUUUCCACUUUUGGGGGCGUAGCCACAAUAUUUACCUAGGGCUCAGUUGAAUUCAUGCCUUUGUAGUUCAGCUUGUCUCUGUUGCCAUUGUCUUUUAUGGCUGUGCCUUCACAAACUGUGCCUGCAAGAAGUACUUUCCUGUUACAAAUAUACAGUGCAUGCUAAGUGGUCUUCAUGGGUUUUCUAGGCACCUGCUAGAAUACUGCCUGCUUCUUGGCAUCCAAAACAUUCCAUAGCAAUCAGUCUUCCUGUUCUUGCCUUCUACUGUCUAGGUACUAUAUUCCUUUUAUGGUACAUAGGUGACAACAGGUGCAGGCUAUUGUAAGGAGGCAUGUGCUAAUGUUUUACUUCUGGCACAGAAGGAGGACUUCCUGCAGAAGAUCUAUAUGGCACUUGCAGUUUUAUGCAGGCAGCCUAAGUAAACCCAUCACUUAUGCUUUAGAGCAAAGGUUCACUCAACUUGCAUACCAUUCUAAUAGUCAUGAAUGUAGGCAGCUGAGCUUUUGUGUAUGUGCAUCACAGAAUUUUACUGAAAACAGGAUUCCCAAGUGGAAAUGUCCAAAGGGCUCUGCUCCCAUUGCUAAUAUAUGUAUUGUGAAAUUUAAAUGAAAAUGUAUGGUCACAUAAGAACAGUUUCUAUCCUGUUUGACUCUGAGACUGAUUUAGGUGAGAGUUGUAUUAUAAUCAGGCCCCUGUGUGUUUUGCAAUUUUGUAGUUACAGACUCCAGGUCUUGCAGCAGAAUUAUGCUCCUGAAUUCAAGAUCGUAAACAAAAAAUGAAAUAAGAACAAGUGUAAAUUUAUAGUGUAAUCUUCUUGAGUCUGCAUACAGCUUAUAAUAGUUCUAGAAUGUCUGAAUCACCGAUUCAUUUCAGUAUGAUGUUAACUCUGAAACCUCUUGAUGAAAAUUUAAAUGUCAACAAUAAUUGUUUGCUGGUUAUUUUACCAGAAACAUCAACUAAUGAAUUUAAUCCAUAGUUCUCCAAACUUCAUUCCAUGCUUACUCAGAUGCCAGAAGUCCCAGCUGCCAAAACCUCCAGCUUCAUUCUGACAGCUUCUGUAAUGCAGUAAUGUAUUGUCAAUACAAAAAUCUUUUGGCAUUGAUUUUAAUAUCAAGAUAAUCAACAUGGAAGCUGAUACUGACUGUAUUUUCAUUUUUAAAAAUGAUGUGAAGCUGCCACAGAAUUUCCAGUUUGCUCCCCUUAAUUCUGCAAAAUUUAACUAUGUCCUGCUGUGGAGUACAUCAAUUAUAAUAUCCCCAUAUCUGCAGAACUCGCCAGAUAUCCCUGGACUGAGAGAUUUUUGCUGUAUAUGCAAGUGGGUUCCCUCAGCUUCCCAGCCAUGAAAGUAUGUAGCACUUAGAGAAAUAAGAUCAUGAAAUGUAAUCCAAAUUUCGGACAAAGAUUCCUUGUGCUUUACUGCCCUGUGGGUCUGGUAAAGUUAUUAAACAUUUUUUUUCCCCUGAACAUUCAGGUUUUUUUUCCUCCCAGAUAUUUCAGAACUUUUCUGGGGACUAUCUAUAAAAAUGACUCAUAGGGCUAUAUUCUGCCCACAGAUCACACCUUUGAAACCCCAUGAGCCUCAGUAGAGUUGCAUGAACGCAGUGGAGGGUCCAUGGUAUUUGAGUUACAGUGCUAAUCAUUACCAUCAACAGAAUUUAGCAAAAAGAUUUAAGUCUACCAGAAAUUGGCUGUUGUAUGCUAUACAUACAGUAUGCAUGCAUUUGUUUUUCAAAAAAAAAAAAAAAAAAGUCUCAUUCCAAACAGGAUGAAACUAUUUCAGCAUUUAAAGACCAAUCUGUGAUCCUUAUACAUGACCGCGUUUGCAUUACUUCUCCGUUGAUCUUAAAGGGAUCUUGUUUAGCUGUUGUCUACAUGUACGCCUUCACAACUUAAGUCAACUGCUGACUUUUUAUAUGCAAUGUUGAUUUCAGCCUUUUACUGUAAAUUUGUUCUUCUCAAAGAGAAUGUGCAAUAGGAAAACAGAAAAGGGUAGCUUAACUUCAGUGAUAAUGAAAUGUAAUGGGUAACAUGCUAGUUAUCUUUUAAAAAAAAAAAAAAAAAAGAUAAAAUGCAGUUUAAUUCCUCUUCCAAAUUGGUUUUCCAACUUGGAAAAGGAAAGUUGAAGAUAUGAAAUGUGCCUGAUGAAUCUCUCAAAUGCAAGGUAAUGGAGAUCUGUGUGUGUUGUAGUUUUAAAAUACUGAACCCAUGAAUGUUAGGGUACGAUUGUACUGCUCAAGUUGCUACCAACUUGCCCUGGUUAUGGCAUGUUGCGACUGAGUUUAAAACCCACCUAUUUGUUAACUAUAGUCCAUCAUGCUGAAUAGGCAUUUCACCAACAAUGCAGUUUCUAAUAACAUUGGUGCUCUGUGGUGCAAGACAGAAAAGCCUGUAGGCAAUGGUAGAGAAGUAUUCUGCACCUCCUGACUAUAUCAAAUGUUACUGCAGUCUUGAUGCCUUGAUGUUUAACUAUGCAAAUAUAUUAAUAGGUGGAGGGAGAAAAAUAAUCUUAGCUAAUGAAUUUUAGUUACAAACCUAGUAUCUUAGUUUUCACUGUUACAAUGUUAUAUAUAUUCCGGGUUUGUCAUCAGGCAAAGAAUUGUUUGACCAUAUAGAAGUUGUCAAAAUAACCCCAGCCCCCAAAUCAGUCUUGGUCGACUGGUGCAAAUAUUUUUUGCUGCUGUUAAGGGAGACUCAUGGAUAGUAGCAAGCCCUGGAUUCCCACACUCCAGGUAUGAAGACUCAGCACACUGCACACAAAAUCUGCUUUGUCUCGUGGGAAGUGGGUAGCUUGCUGGAUCCUUCUGAAAACUUUAUAUGGAUGCUCCAGGGAGUGGCGUCUAGUUCACACACCCUUCCUUUCACUCAGCUAAUCAGGAGAUUCAGGGUUUUUUUAAAAAAAGAAAUAGUUGGUGCUGGGCAGCUCAGACUGAAGAGGUGGGGCAAAAGAUUGUUUUUUGUUUUUUUUUUAUUCGUGAAGGUAAGAACAUGGAAAAACAGCUAGUCCUCUGCCCACCUCUUCCUGGGAUUCCUGCAGUUUACUUCAAUCAAUACCUCUCAACUUCUGUUGACCUAGAAAUCAUGGAAACUUCAAAAAAAAAAAAAAAAAAUCUACCCUGGACUUUGGUCUAUUUGAUCAUGAUUCUUAGUGCUUACUGUAUAAUACGUAGUGCUUUUCAUUUACAAAGCAUUUUACAAACAAGAACUAAUCCUCACAAGAAGCAUUCACAUAUUAUAGACAGGAAAACUGAGUUAGAGAGGUUGAAUGACUUUGCCCAGAGCCACAAAAGGAACUUGUGUUGGAGCCAAGAUUAGAUUAGAGGUUCCUGUCUCCUAGUACUAUGUUCAGACCACUGGACCUCACCUUUUCAUGUGCUUAUCCCUUAAAGAAACUGAAAAACAAAGUGACUUAUUUUAAAGACCCACAGUCAAGACUGUAAGGGCUAGAAUUAAACAUACGAGCUGUCAUGAUUUGGGGGCAUGCACAUGACAGCCCACAUGUCACCAAACACAGUACUUUUCAAUUGUUCUUUUUAUGGUGCCCUCAUUUUGGGGAAUAGAUUUUAAGGGCUCAAGUAGGCAGGGGGACCAAAAACCGUUUAAGUGGAUUUAUUUUGGUUAUGUCAACCUUUACUGUGACCCUUUCUCAAUCAGUUUAGCUGAGCAACGAACUUGAGGGUUUCACUGUUACUUCCUGCCUUUUAAUCUGAGUCUUCAAGACAGUGCCAAAUGGAGGAAGGUCAAGGAGAAAUUUUGGGUGCAAAUUCAGAGGCAUCCCUUAAAUUCUGGAAGAGUUAAGAGAGACAGCACACAAGGGAUCUGUUUAAUCCUAUUUCUCUUCUAAUUUAUUGGCAAGACUGUAGCGUUUGUCUUCCAUCUCAUGAUCUUAGUGUCUAUAUUAGGCCAUGUUUUCUCCAAGUUAGGAUUAGUUCCUUAGGGUUCAAAUAACAUCUAAAUUUCACAGAGCUACACCUGAUCCAAUAUCCCAGGAUUUAUGUAAAUUCAGAUCUGGAUCCCAACUCUGUGGUUUUGGUUCAUCAACCCACUUAAGCAAGGGUUUGUUGUUCGUGGUGUUUUUUUUACCUUUUGGUCCUUUGGAACUAAACUGUUAAUUUGGUUGCCAGUUCCACGAGGACUUUUUAACUUCUUAGCAAUGCCAGUGUCCACUCGCACCAUUGCUAGCAGUGGGAUGCGCAGUGAGAAAAUUUGACUCUGUCUAAGGGUUACUGAGAUAAACCAGCAUUGCCAUACGUAAAGGUCAUUCUCCUGCAUAGAGUGUUCUGAGCUUUAAAUUCAGUUAUAGCUCAUUUUUGAAAGGAUACAUUUUCCAACUAUGACCUGUCUCACUGGCAGCGAGUUGUAUAAUCUGCACUUGUGGAAUGGAAAGUUCAGGCUUCUAUCAUUGCUGAUGCACCAUAUGAUCCACACAUUUAUUUUCCUUGUAGCUGUUGUUUUAGGGGUUAUAUAACUUUUCAGUUUUAUAGGGGAAUAAAGUUCAGGAUUUCUUAUGAGAUAUAAAAUUCCAAUAAUUUAUUAGUGAUUAGAGGAUGUUAAUAUCCCAUUCAGAAGUGAUGGGUUGUAGGUAGGUCCAUUCCUCUCAGACAAGUAGGAUAACCUUUAAAACACACAAAACAACAUACAAAUUGGAAAAGCUAAAAGCUGACAUUUCCAAGAAAUUCUCUUAAGAAAUAUCUGUGGAAAAUACAUGAGUAAUCAAGAAUAGUGUACAAAUUAAUGUUUAUAAAACUUGUGUAAUUUACAUUUUAUCUCAUACUCUUCAGUGAAUGGUACACCUGUUAUGUUCAGUUUUACAAUCCAAAAACAAAGACCAAAGAAGGCCAACCUCAUUUGAUUGUGUAUAUUCUGCCUGUCUUAAUUAUCAAUAGCUGUAAGGAUACAGUGUAAGUGAUCUGGUAACCAGUGGUAUUCGUACUUUUUUUUUUAAGGGGGCGAGGGGUGGGGACAGACUUUAAAAAUGUAUAAUUUAUUGCUCAGCAAUAACCAUGUUGUUAAUAAUAAUAAUAAUGAAGCAACAUGUCUUAAUUUUCCAAUAGCAUUAUUCGAUGUUGUACUUCAGUUUGUUGUAUACUGUGUUUUUUGGUAUUUAUUUGUGUUUGGAGGUCUUGCUAUGUCUUUUGUGUUUUAAUGCUAAUACAAGGACAGUGUGUAUAAGAGUGUAGAAUGCAAAACUAUGAAAUGCUAAACUAUCUGUUAUUAAAGGAAAAAUAAAUCUAAGUAGGAAAUCGUAUUUUUUUAAAACGAGAUGGUGUAUUGGAAUUUGAAUGGCUGGAGCUUACUUACAGAGUAAAAAUGUAACCUUUCA